ACACACCCUCCCGAAUGGUACCGGCGUCUCACGGAGACUCAUUCGAAGAACGGGGCGCACGAAAGUUCCUAAUUUACUUCGAGACAAGUUCGACCAGAUUCGCGAACUUCAAAACGAUGCUGUUCGCUCCUCCGCCUAUCCAUUCAUGUAAGGACGAAAUUAUUCUCGUCGGCUAAGCCUCAGCCGCAAUGGCCGUCCUGAACUUGACUCUCAGUGAGGACGCCGUCGUCGCCCUUCGCGAUGCCCUCAUCUGCCUUAAUAAGUUCAGCGACGACGUUUCUCUCGAAGCUCAGAAGGACAAGCUCAUCCUCACUGCUCUUAAUUCAUCCAAAUCUGCAUAUGCUUGUUUUUCGUUCUCUGCCACGCGCUUCUGCUCGCGUUAUCACUUUGAAGGCAGCUCUCAGAACCAUGAAAAAUUCUAUUGUACCCUCUACAUCCGAGCUCUUAUUUCCAUCUUCCGCAGCCGAGUGGGCGGAGAUCCGCAGCGUGACCGUGAGAAGGAGACUCUCAUUGACCGCUGUGAGGUCGCCAUCGAGGAUGGACCGGGCGUCCAAAGCCGCUUCAUCGCCAAGCUCGUCUUCCGGAACGGUAUCGCCUCCACGCAUCGUCUCCCUUUUGAGGUUGUGGUGCCCGUUCACGCCAAGUUCAAUCGUGAGGAGGCAGUAAAUCACUGGACCAUCCCAUCGAGGACGCUGCGGCAGCUGAUGGAUCAUUUCGGACCCGGCGUGGAGCUUUUGGACGUCAACUCGGAUGGAGAGCAUGUCAAAUUCACCUGUUUCACCGAAAAGACGGUCAAUGGAGACGAGGUUCUCAAGAAGCCGCUACGUACAUCUAUAGCCAUCGAGGUUGACGAAUUCGAGGACCUCAAAAUCGAAGACAGCCUCCACAUCGUCAUCAACGUGCGCGACUUCCGGGCCAUUAUCCAGCACGCCGGUAUUUCCGGUACCAAUGUGAUGGCCCGCUACUCUGGUCCAGCCCGUCCGUUGCAGCUGACCUACCCAGGCGACGCCGUGUCUUGCGAGUUUCUCCUGAUGACCGUCGGUGAGCGCACCGCCAACCCUCCCCAUAAAACCAAGAGGGGGAAAAGCGUCAAUAGCACAAAGGGGCCACGGCAGCAACAGCUCGAAGCCGCGUCUAGGAGACAGAGUGCUGCGCCGUCAGAACAGCUCCAGGGUGCCCCGCAACCUCAAGCCUCGGGUCAUGCACAGUCCAGACUAGGUGGUGCACAACCGCCUCCGCCCCAGCAUCCAAUGCUUUCGGCCGGGUCGAAUGUCGGAAGAAUGUCAGCGUUUGAUCUCCGUCCGUCUCAACGGCCAGCUCCGCCGCCUACUAUGCGCUCGGAGGGCCUGUUUGUAGAUGACUACCAGUGGGAGCCAGUUCACGAGGAUGACGAGGAAACAGAGGAGAACGCUAGGUUAGAAUGGGACCAGAGCGUCCAAACUGCCGAGCCUACGUCCCGCAUGGACCGCACCAUGUCCGACGCGGACGAAACGAACGAAGCGAACGCAGACGCCACCCAAGCGAGCAGUGUUGGCUUGGAGCCGACGCAGCGUCUUUCAGAAGUGGAGCGUAUGGGACUAUUCUUCCGUGAAUAGACUGGGAGAAGCAGGGUGACAUCGAUCCCACCACACUAUUGUUCUCUGCUGG